AAAUUUAAUGGACAUGAAAGUUGGAUCUAUUAAGAAUAGAUAUAAGAAGUUGCUACUUAAGCCACUUAGGAAGCUGUCUUAGAUGCCUAGUUUAAUGAUAUUGAGUAAAAGUGGAAGGCUCUAGAAUUUACAUGUGUUAACUAUAAGCCUGAAAACCUAAGGAACAAGGAAGUUUAUGUGCUCACUGAAAUAGAUGAAUUAUAAGCUGCCUUAGAUGAUUUCUUGGCAAGUUUAAAUAAUAUAUUGGGAAGUAGAUACUUGAAGAUGUUGAGAAAGAGAGCUGAAAAAUUAUAAAAGGAUGUGUUGAUUGCAUAGGAAACUUUGGAUGAUUGGCUAUAAGUUUAGAAAAAUUGGAUUUAUUUGGAAAAUAUUUUUGCCAGUCAGGAUAUCAAAACAAAAUUGAAGGAAGAAAAUGCUUUGUUUGAAAAUGUCGAUAAACAAUUUAAGGCUAUAAUGAAGAAAACUAAUUCAUAGAAGUAAGUUCAUAGAGCAAGUGGAUUACUAGAUAAAUUUAGAGAAUACAAAGAAACAUUAAAUAGAAUCCAAAAGGCAUUAGAAUCUUAUUUAGAAGAAAAGAGAAUGGCAUUCCCAAGAUUUUAUUUCUUAUCAAAUGAUGAGCUUUUGGAAAUUUUGGCUAAAUCAUAGGAUUUUGAUGCAAUUCAAAGAAAUUUAAAGAAAUGUUUUGAAGCCAUUUAUAGACUUGAAUAACCUGAAGAAGGUGCUAGAUCAGUAAAUGGAAUGAUUUCACCAGAAGGAGAGAAGAUUCCAUUUGUAAAGGGUGUUUCAACAAAAGAAGAAGUUGAAUUGUGGUUGAUGAAAGUUUAAGAUUAGAUGAUUGAAUCCUUAAAGAAGAGAAUGAAACAAGGAAAAGUAGAGAGUGAAACCUAAGAAAGAAAUCACUGGUUACUAAAUUAACCAGCUCAAGUAGUUGCCACAAUUUCGAAUCUAAUCUGGACAUAUGAUACUGAAUAAGCUAUUAAUAGUAUGACAGAUGAUUCUACUGCUUUAUCAAAACACUAUAAUCUGUUAUAUGAGUCAUUGAAUGGAUUGACUGCCUUAGUUAGAGGUACAUUGACUCCACUUCAACACAAAGUCAUAGUGGCAUUGAUUACUUAAGAUGUUCAUGCUAGAGAUAUUGUGGAUGCUUUAACUGAUGAAAAUGUUAGUUCAAUCAGUGAAUUCUCAUGGUAAUAAUAAUUAAGAUAUUAUAUGGAUGAAAAUGAUCUAAUUAUAGUGAGAUAAGUUAAUGCUAAAUUAAAUUAUGGAUACGAAUAUUUAGGAGCUACAACAAGAUUGGUUAUUACUAAUUUGACAGACAGAUGUUGGAUGACAAUUACUGGAGCAUUGAAUAUUAAAUUAGGAGCAGCUCCAGCUGGACCAGCAGGAACAGGAAAGACAGAAUCAACUAAGGACUUGGCCAAAGCUUUGGGAAUGUUUUGUGUUGUGUUCAAUUGUUCUGAUCAAAUUGAAUAUAAGAUGAUGGGAAGAUUAUUCAGUGGUUUAGUUUAAUAAGGAGCUUGGGCAUGUUUGGAUGAAUUCAAUCGUAUUGAUAUUGAAGUGUUAAGUGUCAUUGCUCAACAAUUAUUAACUGUAAGAUAGGCAUUAAUCAGAAGAGAUUAAUAAUUUAUAUUUGUGAAUCCAGAUAAACCAAUCAAUUUAAAGGAAGAAGUGGGAGUAUUCAUUACAAUGAAUCCAGGAUAUGCAGGCAGAACAGAAUUACCAGACAAUCUAAAGGUCUUAUUUAGACCAGUAUCUAUGAUGAUUCCUGAUUAUAAAUUAAUUGCUGAAAUCAUGCUUUAAGCAGAAAGGGUUUGA